AUGAAGGGUGCCGCGCCCGAUCCGUCUCUCGGCAGCCCCGACGAUGGCCCCGUGGCUGCGGUGAAAGAACCUCUGGCGGAGGGCACUCUCACGUCGGCGCAGUCGGAGGCGAUCCUGAGGGACCACAGCUGCAAGGCGAACGUCAGGGACCGCCAGAGAGGAGAGGGCCGCCAGCUGUUUGUAGUAGGGCGGUCGUCCAACAUCAAGGCUGCGUAUCAGGCAGCCCGCGCGGCCAUCGCCGAGAACGGCACCACGGGAGGCAGGUCGCCGCAGGCGCAGCCCGCCCCUCCAGCGGAGGCGAGCGCCCCGCCAGCGGAGCCGAUCGCUCCACUCGGCGCCGUGGGCGCGGCGGAGCAGCGGCAGCCGCCUGGCCUGGUGUGGCGCGCGCAGCAUGUGGCCCUGCCGCUGCACGACUCGUGGGGGCCCGAGGUCGGCUACUGGCAAGACGUGGAGCAGGGCGCGUGGUGGCCGCUGGGCGAGCGCGGCACG